CGACCUCAGCAACACAAGCAACAGUGCAGGCAAGGCAAAAACGGAAUAACCUGAAUAACUGUGUUCAAGUCAAACAGGAGAUGUCGAUGCUCUAUUUCACCCUAAUUUUCGUUGGAUGUCUCACAAAGGUGUUCUCAGAAUGUCCUUCAGUUUGCGUGUGCCCACGGGAGACUCCGACGUGUGAACUGGGAGUCAGCUUAGUGACGGACGGAUGCGGCUGUUGCAAGGUCUGCGCGAGGCAGCUGAACGAGGACUGCAGCAGCGUGGAGCCGUGUGACCACGUUAAAGGACUUCAGUGCAACUUUGGAGCUAGCCGGGGCGCAUCUGAAGGCAUAUGUCGAGCUAAGCUCGAAGGAAGAUCUUGUGAGUUCAACAACAAAAUGUACCAAAAUGGAGAGACCUUUACGCCAAGUUGCAAACAUCAGUGCACUUGCAUGGAUGGCGCCGUUGGAUGCAUCCCGUUGUGCCUCCAGGAGCUGUCAAUGCCUGACCUGGGCUGCCAUAACCCCACACUGGUGAAGGUGCCCGGCCAGUGCUGCAGCCAGUGGGUCUGCCAGGACGCAGACAAGACGAAAGCGAAGAAAGACCCGGGUCAAUCAGGUCAAACUGAAGAAAACCUGACAGAGAAAGAUACCUUCUUCCCCAGAUUCAACGGAAAACAUCAAGCAGCAUUCAGAGAACAGCCUGAGAUGCGCAUACUGUCAUCUGGCCUGAAGUGUAUCACUCACUCCACCAGCUGGUCUCCGUGCUCCAAAACCUGUGGCGCAGGCUUCUCCACCCGGGUCACCAACAGCAACCCACAAUGCAAGCUAGUGAAGGAGUCACGCAUAUGCCAAGUGCGCCCAUGCUCCACAUCCCCUCCCACUGGUUUGAAGAAAGGGAAGAAAUGCACUCGCACUGAAAAACUGAAGGAACCCACAAAGCUCAGGCAUGCAGGUUGCAUGAGUGUCCGAAGCUACCAGCCAAAGUUCUGCGGCUCCUGCCUGGACGGACGAUGCUGUGUUCCAGAGCAGACGAGAACGCUGCCUGUGCUCUUCAGGUGUGACAAUGGGGAGACCUUCUCUAAAGAUGUGAUGAUGAUCCAGUCCUGCAAGUGCACCUCGGAGUGCCCGCUGAGGUUUGAGGGACCCCUCCCCAUGCACAGGCUGGAGAAUGACAUACAUGAGUUUGACGAGUGAUCCACUCUGAUUCACAUUGGUGUGUGUGUGUGUGUGUGUGUGUGUGUGAGUGUUAGUGCGUGUAUGUGUUUAGGGAAGUGGGGUGUUUUGAACAUGAAGGAUUUGGUCAAACAUCGAAAUACACGUGAUUCUUAUUUCUCCAUAUUGGAGCUAAACAGAAUUGACUUCACAUUGAAGCAUGAUAUUGGGUUACAUUAAGAACCCCAAAUUUCUGUUAUGACACAUAUGGUUUGUUUAGAAACAACAGAUUAUCUUGUGACUGUAUAUUUUGUAGCAUUCAGACAUUCUGCCAGGAUAACAUCUGCGAUGCUGGUUAAGGGCAUGCAAAGCAAAAUGAAAGCAAUGUAUUUCUGCCACCUAGACACCUCUGUGUAUUUGAAUGCCUUUUAUUGUUUUUUUUUCCAAUUAUUUAUUUAUGAGAGUAUUUUUGUAUUUUUAUUUCUAUUUUUCCUGUGCUUUGCUUUUGUGGUGUGAAUAAACAAUUAUUUAUGAAAAAAAUAUGUCUGUGCUGCAUCCUUCCAGCCCAGAGGCACGAACCCCAUCCUCCCAUACA